GCUGCACACAGCCUUCCCCCAAUGCCCUGGGCUCUGCUCCUGCCCCGUGCUGGCUGCUGGGUCCUAAUGGAAAAAAGGCAGCGUGUCCUGGAGCGACGCAGUGCCUGUGUUUUCCCCCAGGAUCGCCCUCUCCAUCCAGACCAUCCACACAGUUCCAUCUGGGUUCCUCACCUCCAUCCAGACCUCCUCUGUAGCCACCCGAGCUAUUCCAGCUGCAGGCCAGCAGCAGAGCCCCCAGAAUCCUGCAAUUCACCCCAAAUCCAACCCCCUUCCCCCCCCCAGCUCUCCAUCCCCAGGACAGGCUCAGGACCCCCACGGGAUCAGGGUGGCACAAUUAAGGGGAUGUUGGCUUUUGGGGGUCCCCACGCCGCAGCAUUUCUCAACCACAGGGACAGGAAGUGCGGAAAGUGGAAACGGAGGGAGCAGGAUAUAAUUAGCCCCAAAUUAGGGUUGGAAUCUGGGAUAAAGAGUCCGGCACCACCCAGCUCUUGUGAAAACACCACAGCCCAGCACCCAGAAGCCCCCUGCAUCGGGAACGGCCCUGGCUGCCCCGGUUUGGGGGCUCAGCACCACUCUGGGAAGGGGGGAGGACAUCCAGGGAUGGGGAGGAGCAGCGGGCACGGCCGGGUGGCGCGGAUGCUGGGUGGUAACGAGAGCCAGGAUUAUCAGCGAGGCCAGGAAUCUGGUUUCUUUAGCCGUACCGUUGCUGAGGCAACCUUCGGGCAGGGAUUGUGGGGCUUUUUUAAUGGGACAAGGGCCUUUCUGUGAGCAGGGAGCGGGGGGACCGCGCUGCGUCACCCGAUAGCCCCCGCCAGUUCCCCCCGCCGGCGUCGAGGACACCGGAUACCAGCACGCAUCAGCCACCAAGGAGGGAUGGGGCCGGAUCCAUCCCGCACCACAGCGCUGACAGAUGGGGGAUGCCCGAUGGGUCACACUCGGGGUCACGGUUUGACCCAGAGCCGGCCCACCCUGUCCCCAGCAUCCCACUGCUGCUCAUCCCAAGGGGCCGCAGAGGUGGCAAAAAGGGAUGUGUGAAGUUACGGGGGAGACGCAGAGCACCCCGAAGCGCCCCAUAAGCACUGCAAGGGCUGGAAGUGCUCCUCCAAGCGUGGGGUGAGCAGCGGGGCCAGAGGGGUGUCCCCACCUCCCAAGCCCAGCGAAGGCAGCGCGGGGCGUCCCAACGGUGCCAGCCCGGCUGUCCAGCCCUGGUAUCGGAUCCUCCCGGAGGGAGGGGGCCUGGAGCUUAUUUAACAUCCCUGGGCAGCCCAGCCCAGCACUUGGCACGGCGGGGAGCUCAGCCGGAGCCAUGGCAUCGCAGCUGGAAGGGGCCAUGGAGACUCUCAUCAACGUCUUCCACCACUACUCGGGCAAAGAGGGGGAUAAGUACAAGCUGAGCAAGAAGGAGCUGAAGGAGCUGCUGCAGAGCGAGCUGGGCUGCUUCCUGGAGACCCAGAAGGACACAGGGGCUGUGGAGAAGAUCAUGCAGGAUCUGGACGAGAACGGCGACGGGGAGGUGGACUUCCAGGAGUACGUGGUUCUGGUGGCCGCCCUCACCGUGGCCUGCAACACUUUCUUCUGGGAGAACGCCUGAGCCGGGCUCCAGCUCCACAGCACCCCAACCACGGCACCCCCCAAAGCAGAGCCCCCCCACCCCACCCCACAUGUCCACCCUUUGCUCCUCGUGCACCCGGGGGUCCCGCAGGGACCUGGCUAAGCAAUAAAGGCAUCGAUCCCACCAGCAGCGUUGUGUCAGCUCCCUCAUCCCCAGGGAAAAGGGGGGAUGUC